AGUAGUUGUUGUUGUUGUUUUUAUUUUUGUUGUUGCAGUAGCAAAAGAAGAAAGAAGAAAAAUGGUAGUAGUGGCAGUAGUAAGAGGAGGAGAAGAAAAGGAGUGAUAAGAAUAGACGAGAAAGACACUGUUGUCUUGGACACUGAUAUUUACAAGAAGAAUUAUCUUAAGAUCACACUGUCCCCGAAAGAAGUUUGUCUUGAAAGCCUUUUUUGUAGAAAUUAUCCUGAAGAAUGAUUUGAAUAAUAGUUCAUUUGUCCUAUCAGCUGAAGGACAUUCAGCCUUUUUUUAUAAAUCAACAAAAAUAUAUGAUCAAACUAAGAUGAGUAUCAUAACAAUUAAUUUGGAUAUUACAUUACCCUUACUGAGAAUUCAAUGGCGGUUCAAAAAUAAUAAUUCAGCCAAUAGAAUGUUAAAAAAUAUAAUUGAAAUAUUCAGAUUAUGUGUGAAGAAUGUGGCCUGGCAUACUGAAGUAUAAAAGUAUAUAGACCGUAAUGGACACCAAAGGUCAGCACAGAGGCCAUGCAUGGGAUCCGUGUGCUCCUCCAAGGGAAUUUACUCUAAUGUUGUUGUACACGCCAUUUCGCAGACUCCUGUAACACACGCAAAAUAAUUUUAGUUCGUGGGUUAUUUCUGCUCUCGAUGCUGCUUCUUAUUCUUGUUGUUUUUUUUUAUUUAUGGUUCAUGUUAUUUUAUUUCUUUAUUUUUUUUUUUUUAUUAUUGUCUUGUGGUAUAUAUAUAUAUAUUUUUUUUUGUUCGUUUGUGAAUACGUUUGUUUUCGGAUUUUUCAACGUGUUCUCUCGAGUAAAAUAUUUUCUUCAACAGGCGUUUGUGUUCGGGUAUGUGCUUGUGUGGGGGUAUAGUGCUUGCCUGCGGGUGUGCUGGCGUCUUACGCAAUCAUAAUAAGUGUCCACGAGAGGUCGCUUCUUCCCAUGACGUCACUCUUUUGUAUCAGCUGACGUCACAUGACAUCCUCCGCCUCCAGGAUAUAGGCCUCUCCUGCGUCACGUUUGAUGACUUAGCGUCAUGUUCGGAAGUGUCAGAUAACGGACAAUACGGAAUAAUUUUUAUUCGGGAAUUCCUUUAGUGAAGAUGAAGCUCAACAGUUAAUCUCACUUGCUUGCGCUGCACUUAUAACCAUGCCAGUGACAAAAUACAGGACGAGCACCAGGCGAAAGCAAAGCUAAAGGGACAUGUAAUUUUGUGUGAAGAAAAUGAAAUAGUUUGUUUCGUGGAAGCUCCUCGAGUGACUAGUUUGCCGUUAUUGCCGACUUCAUUCAGCAGCAGCGCCUUCACUGCCUUCGUGCGCACCUGUGGACCACGAAAUCGCCACCAACGCCAACGUGACGACGGGCCCAUGUCAUUAGCAUAGACAACAGAAAUCUUUAAAAAUAUAUAUAAACGUUUCCCAAUCUGCACACGAUGAUGGCGUUUCUUCAUCGUCUUGCGGUGGUUCGUGGGGUCCUCCUGUUGGUCUCUUCGGCGGCGGUUUGGGCGCAGACGAAAUCCGUCUUUCCCGCCGAAGAGCCUGCCCCUCUGGACCCCCUCCCAAGCUGCAAUGUGGCCGUCCUUGGUGACUGCCUCAUGCCCGGCCCGCGGCCAAUGUCGUGGGAAGCGGCGCACCGCCACUGCCGGAGCGCAGGCGGGUUCCUGCUGGAGCGGGAGGAGCUCGGCCAGUUCGACCACCUGUGGACGUCGCGCUACCAGACGCCGCUGCAGAAGAACCUGACGAUGCCCGUGAGCGUCCUCAGCUGGCCAGCCCUCAACAGCAGCUGGCCGGGAGGGGAAGCGUCGCUCGAGGACCUCACCUUGUUUGGAUGACCACCGAAAGGCCCUUGUGGCUAUCAAACGAUAAUGACCGUGCAAUGGAUGUAGUCAACUGGUUGCCAAAUACCGACUACAGUUUGGGGCACCCCGUACUUACUCCUAAUGGCUGGGAUCGAGAGGGAGAAGGGAAAACAAAAUCAACUGUUUUGUGCCAGAAGAAAGGCCUGGAGAGGACAGGCAGGGAGAUACAAUUAUACAAAAGAGGAGAAGGAUACAUUUGUAUUGAUAAUGAAGAAAUGCUGAGUGGUUCAAACUUGCUUCGAUGUUUUGCCAACGGCAGAGAAAUAAAAGUGAAGAAAGCAGGUAAGCCUGGAUGUAAAUAUUCAAUUCCAAUAACUGUGCAGGGUUAUUAUCAGUGUCAACAGUGGGUGACAAUGCCUUUCUAUUUAGUGAAAUCAAAAUCAUUAUUGCAUCGUAAGAAAAAGAAUUUAACAUUUGCUGUACGUAUGUCAGAAAAAAGACCAUACAUUCCUGCAAUACAUGACAAUACAUUUAGAAAUUCGUCACAGCAGGAAAAGGGUUUUGAUAUUUGUUCUGCUGAAUUUGUUAAAAGGUUCGAAGAAGUUUAUGCGAACAAUGGCUUUGCUGCCAUGAAAACAUUCAUAGACAACUACAAUAAUUUCCCUGGGAAGCAGAAUAGUGAAAUAAUGUACAAUUUUCAUCUCAAUUUGCAAUUCCCAGGCAAGGAGGAAAAUGAACAGAAGGUCCUCCAGUUAUUUGAUUUGUUAGGGAGCACUUCUGAGCUCACUUCUGGCUGUGUAAUAAGAAGUGUCAGGAGUACCACAAAAUGCUUCAGCGAAACUACAGUUGACAGUGGCAUUGAAGAGAGGAACCUAACUUGGCCAAGCACAGCCGGUGGCAUUAUUGCUCUGCCGAAGGAGCUCUGCAUCACCGAAGAAGGCGAACCUGUGACGCGGGAGUGCCUCGGAAGCUUCCUCACUGGGUAUUACUGGGGGUCUCCUUCCAGCAGCUGCAUGGGAGAACCGACGAACAAGACGAAGCAGCUCUGGGAAAUCAACAACAACGCAACUGUUGAGAAAGCAGACAUUCCCACGACUUUGUCCAGCAUCACUCAGAAUGGCUCUACUCUUCAGCCGGUCGACAUUCAUUUUGUUGCUACAAGCUUCAAGACUUUGUCAGAAGAGACCGAAAAACUGGAUGAACUUGACCUAGAAGAAAUUGUACAGACUAUUAAUAACGUGAUGGAAGCUAAAGAUGAAACAUUUGAACCAGUUCAGAAGAAGCUGUUAUCUUCAAGUAUCUUAUAUGAAGCCUUUGAGGAAAUGACCUUCAAAGUUCAGUUACCAGAAGCCAAAGGCGAUCAGAAAGUAAAUGCCUCAAGAAAACUAAUUACUGUUGAGCGGUUCGACCUUGAAAUGAAUAGCACCAUUAUUGGGUUCGAAUCUCGGAAAGGGGGAACGGUUGAGACGACCAUUGAAAAGGGGUUCAGGACAGACCAUGCUGACACCGACGUGGCCAUCAUCCUCCCUGAGAAUCUCACAUACACAGUGGCUACCUCACAUGUAAGCAUGCGAGCCAAUAUACGUUUUGAAAGCAAAAUCCAACUUGCCUUUGCUGUUUUUAAGAAUGCGAAGCUGUUCCAAGACCGGGACUCAUUUCCAAAUUAUACUGUUAGUAGUCCUAUCAUUCAAGCCACAUACAGGGGCGAGGUUGUGAAAAAUCUGGAGGAACCAGUCACACUGAUCUUCAAGCCGCCUGAAUAUGGAAGGAGGAACACCAAAUGUGUGUUCUGGGACUUCAGCAAAAACGGCGGGAGAGGAGGAUGGUCUACCCAAGGCUGCUGGAAGGGGAAAAGUAGAGGAAACCAUGAUGUAUGCCACUGCAACCACCUCACGUGUUUUGCACAGCUCAUGAAUUACAACAGUGAUGACUUUGACGGCAACCAUGCUUUGGCCCUGGACAUCAUCACAAUCAUAGGAUGCUGUCUCUCGAUCGGUGGGCUGCUGCUUGUAUUCACAACAUUCUUCCUCUUCAAAAAGUGGCGGAGGCCCCUGGAUAACAAGAUUCUAGUCAACCUUUCAUUUUCAGUCUUCUGCAGCAUUGUUAUCUUCCUGGCCGGCAUCAACCAGACUUGGAACAAAAUCCUUUGCAGGAGUAUUGCCGUUGCUCUGCACUACUUCAUCCUUGCAUCAUUCGGUUGGAUGCUGGUGGAGGCCGUCCACCAGUACCUCAAAUUCGUGAAGGUCGUGGGCACUUACAUCCCUAGGUUCAUGUGGAAGGCGUCGGUGAGUGCCUGGGGCGUGCCCGUAGUCCCAAUCAUCGUCGUCCUGGUGUGUGACAGCAGCCUUUAUGACAACGGGGACGACUCGCAUCCCGAGUCAAACAUCUGCUGGAUGUCAAGAGACGGAUUUCUCUACGCUUUCCUCCCCCCUUUGGUCCUGACGAUGGUCAUCAACAUCAUAAUGUUUAGCCUCAUCCUCUACGGAGCCGUGUGCGGCCGCGCGCGGGUCAACUCCACCAUGUCGGAGAGGUCGCUGUUCAUCAGCCAGCUUCGUAUGGCCAUCUGUGUCUUCGUUCUUCUCGGCUUCACGUGGAUAUUCGGAAUCCUGGCGAUAUGGAAGGGUCGCCUCUUAUUCUCUUAUCUCUUCUGCAUCUUCAAUACUCUUCAGGGCUUCUUCAUCUUCAUCUUUCAUGUGUACAGAGGCAGGAGCGCCAGGAGGCUCUGGGGCGACUUCCUCUCUGUCAUAAGCAAGAGCCCGUCGUCGACGGAGCCUUCGAACUCCAACAACGCCCACGUUUCUAUGCAGUAUCGAGGUCACUUAGACAGCGUGACCUACAACCACGGCGGAGGGAUCCUCGUCAUCCCUCAGAAGCCGACAGUACAAAUGACCACCAGGGGAAUGAGCAUCAAAUCGCUGGGCACGACGUCGACCCUCCUUCACUCGAGAACAAGCUACACCCCGUAGAGAUGUGUUCAUCGACUCAUUAUCUCCCAUUCCUCUCCUCUCCCUUCGCCGUUCUCUCCCCUCCUCCUCCUUCUCUCUCCCUCUCGUCCGCAUUUCCCCUCAGAUUUUACGGCAAGGAUUUAUCCAUCAUCUGUAAAAGCAUUCAUACAAAAUGACCAUUGAGAUACAUGUAUAUAUAUCAUAUGUAAAAAGCAUCAUUUAGGAUUAAUUACUUGUAAGGCAGAUUUUAUUUAAGAGUAUAAAGAAAAGAAAUCAAA